GUUGCCUCCCGCUUUCUUCUUGGCUUUUCCCUCUCCUUUCUUACAUCUCAAUUUCAGUUUCCUUCUUUACCUUUCCCCUUUCUACUGAACCAUUAUACAUCUUGUUAGACCAUUUAGAGAUCGACAAGAUGGUUCGGAAGGAUCCCAUUUUCGAAGCACGUACCAAUGUGAAACUACACUCUAAUCGGCUCAAGAAAGAGGCCGCUCGUGCUGAAUCAACUUUCAAAUCUGAGAAGGCGAAGGCCGACAAAGCCAUGAAAAAUCGUGAAUUCCAAAUCGCCCGCAUCCACGCAGCCUCUGCUGUGCGCGAAAAACGAAGACAGGUGACCCUUAAGGAGGAAGCAGCCCGCGCAGAUGUUAUUAUCAACGAGCUCAAAGCAGCACAGAGUACUCGUGAUACGUCUCGCACCCUAGCCCUAGCAUCUCGGGGCUUGGAUGCUGCCUCUAAAAGCGUGAAUCUUGAGGCGCUGGUUUCCCAUGCGAACAACUUUUUAGCACGCUCGGAAGAUUUCAAAAUUGCGAGCAGCGCAAUCGAGGAUGUUGCACAAGGUGUUUCCAUGCGAGAAUACGGCGCUGAGGGCGAAGCCGACGUUGAUCGCCUCAUGGAACAGCUUGCUGAUGAUGCAGGUGUGGAUUUGCGCAUGGCCUUAGAUGCAGACACGGCCCCCAAGGAAGAUGUCAAGGAUCAGAAACAGGCCGAGGCAGACCUUGAGGAUGGCUUGGGCGCAAGGCUGCGAGCCCUAAGGGCUGCGAGCUGAGUCUUCCUGCCCCUCUUUUUGUUCACCUGCCUUGAUCAGCAUUUUCUACGGCUGCUGGCUUGAGUGGUAUCGCGCCAUAUGCAUGUUGAUUGCGGAUCCCUCUUGUCGACUUUGCUGCUAUCCUACGGACCUUAACGAUGUGAUGCCCACUUUUUAUGCUUACUCUCUGGUCGUUUAUUGUUCGUAUCUUCUUCCCCGUCCCUCCGCUAUAUCAGUUGAGGCGAUGUCCAGCGUACGUCUUACUUGAUUUUGAGAUCCAAUGUAUAUUCGGAGUACAUCGUUUCCUCCUUAUUCCCCUGCUUCGGAUGAUGGCUGGUCUUAUCAUUUUGUCGUCUUGAUCCAAUAUAGAUUUCACUGAGUGUUCACACGUUCAUGUGUUGCUAGCUUUAGAAGUCCCAUCGGCUCUCUUCAGAGUUCGAAUAAGACGGUGGUUUUCAAACCCCAUGUUGAUCUGCUCUUCACCUAUGUUUACCCGUCGCCUGAGCGGGGGUGGGGAGGCCUUCAGGUGACGAGUAUGUUUUGGUGAUGGCUGUGGGAUGACCACACAAUGAGCAGCUAUACUUGCGCAGCAUCUAGGAUCUCCCUUAUGCUUUGCUGUGGGCUAGUUAUCACUCCGCUAAUGAUAUAUCCUUGCCAUUUCGUAUCCGUUUGCAAUUGUAUGGAAUAUUUUGGCUUAUCAUAUUAAAUAAGAGCAGCCGACAAC